AGUGAACAAGUGUGUACAAGACAGUUUUUCUCAGUCACUUUACUCAUUCACUUCUCAUGCCGAGUUUGUUUAAGCUUUAAACCAGCUGACACAAACAAAUACUAGCAACACACAGUAAAAUUAGCUUCUUCUACAUUGAAAAAAUGCUAUUAUGGCUAGCGCGCUAACCGCGGUUAGCGUUUCACUUUAACACACGUUAAUGACGCAGUAUAAACAUACACACGGUUUAUCCGUCUAUUUUUAAUCCGAAAUAAAUGACAGGAACACAAAUAACGUCAUGAAAACAAUAGAGUAAAUGUUUUCUUACCUGAUAUUUUUGCAGGAUAUAAAUUCACUUCACCUCUCUUAGGUGACUCAUUUAGUUCAUCAAAUUUAGCUCCAACAUGAUGUUUGCCUGAAAAUUUGUGAUGGAGGGAAGGAGCAAAAAGUCCAGGAGCCGUUAUUCAUCAGUCUUAGUGUUAGAAAACGUUUUACACUGUGGUUUUACAGUUUAACGUUAGCACACAUGCUAACUUCAGCUACAAUAACAAGUUACUCCUCACAUAUAUGAUAUUAGCCUGUGAGACUAAUGUAACAGUUGUGACAGCUAACCGUGUUAGCAGCAUCUUAGCACGGCUCAGCCAGGAGCCUGUUGCUGUCAGGUUGAUGCAGGUGGGUUUACUCGGUGUAUGGACAUUAAUCUUUAUAAUAACAAGCUACAUUUUUUAAUUACGGAUCAUUACUGUCUUUUUACAUAGAUUUAUAUGUAAUUUAAGAAAGCAGAAAAAAUACUGGAUAAAUAAUAAUACAGUAAUUUCUAUUUACAAAAAUGGGAAAUAAAUGUAAUUCAUUAUUAUUGGCAUAAUGCUUAAAAUAGAAGUUCGGCUGUUAAUUCACAGAUAAAUUUCUGUAAUUUUACAGACUUCUGUACACAAUUUAAAAAAAAACGGAAAAUUACUGUAAAGAGUUAUUUUUCCCGGAAAAUGUGGACCUUUUCUUUUCACAGUGUACAUGUGCCUGUGUUGAAUGUCUAUAUAUGAAAUAUAUGUGCAUAUGAAGUGAAAUAAUAUAUGUAUUUAAAGUAUAACCUCAAUAUGUAAAAAAAUACAUAUGUAACCUGUUUGAAAUCAUAGUAUAAUAAGGCAUAAAAAUGUCAUAGGCAUAGGUUAAGGCAUGCUAGGUCAAAAAACGUUAUAGUAUAGUAAAGCAUGAAAACAUCAUACUAUAGUAAGGCAUAAAAACCUUUUAAAAAGUCAUAGUAAAGAAUAAAAACGUCAUAGUAUAGUAUGGCAUAAAAAUGUUAUAUUAUAAUAGGGCAUAAAAAGUUAUAGCAAGGUAUUAAAAUGUCAAAACGUCAUAGAAUAGUAAGACAUAAAACUACAUAGUAUAGUAGGGCAUAUAGAAAUCGUAGUAUAGAAAGGCAUAAAAACGUCAUAGAAUAAUAAGGAAUAAAAAAGUCUUUAGAGGAAGUCUUUGAAGGCAGCACUUUUUAGUUUACAGGGAGUCUCUGAACGCAGCAAUCUGUAUUUUACAGGGAGUCUUUGAACGCAGCAGUUUGUGUAGCAAUGUGUAGUUCACCGGAGGUCUCUGAACGCAGCAGACGUCAGAAUAGCAGGUGUCUCUGCAUCACUUCACAUCUCGCUGUUAUUUCAUCGUCUGUCCGGUGGCUCAGGUCUGAUCACUUUAUUUUUAAUCUUUAAUGAAUCGAUCCGCUCCUGCUCCAGCUGCCCGCCUCUCUACCUGCCUGUGUAAACACUGAGGGACGGGCAGGUGUGUCGGUAUGUCAGGUAGGCUCCACGGAAGUGAGAUACUGAGUGUUUAGAGACCAGAGGAUCGACAUCAGCUUCAGAUCACAGCUGCUCCUUCAACAUGGCGCCCAGAGACCCUCUCCUCAGCUCCCUCAGAGCUGGAGGAAACAGCUGGUGUGCGUUGAACAGCUGAUGUGUGUCGGUGACGUCAGACUGCUGUGUGUCCUCGCAGUGUGUGUCCUGAACCUGCAGUCAGGUGGAGACACGGUGACAGACUCCGACGCUCACCUGACCUCCUGCUGUGAGCUGCUGGAGCUGGUCCUCAGGAAGGGGCUGCAACAACCAGUUCUCAGUCUGGGAAACAGAGACUACUGGCAGUGCUUCGAACAGCUUCCUCAUCAAGACACCUGUGACAGGCUGUCUGCUCUGUCCCUGGCAGUGGAGCAGACCCGAGUUUGCAGGAAGCUGCUCUCAGCUCAGGGUCGGGGCCGUUACCUGCUCAGACUGGCCCUCAGUCGCAGGAUCCUGCCCCAGUUCAUCACACACCUGCUGCACACGCCCCGGGUCCUGGAGUGGUUCAGUCCAGCUUCGAUCCUCAGGAAUGAAGAAUUAGUGGAGCCCUUCAUGUCGCUGCUGCUGGUUCUCUCUCACAUGGACUUUAAACUGGACCUGGAGAACUGUAGUUUUCUGGAUGAGAGCUGGCUCCUCCCAGUGUGUGAAACAUACGAGGUGGUUCCCUGUCGGGAGGUCGGCAUGGUGCUGAGGUACCUGAGUGGACGCACCUUUGUCCUGGACCUGUUACCUGGCAGUCAGGCUCACGUCGACAGGUUUAUCUGUCCUGGUGACAUCAUAGAUGAAAUCAACGGGACGUCACUGAAGAACUCCAAGUGUGGACAGGCAGGUGUGGUUCUGUCACGGCUGAAGGGCAGCCCACUGACUAUCCGCAUUCUCCGGUGGAGGGCCCAUGAUGGAACGGUGUAUCGGCCCCUCAUCAAGCUCCUGCGGGCCCUGAGGGUGGAGAACCCCAACCUACAGCUCGGUCCGGCCCCCUCCCCACAGUCGGCCUCCGAGCACCAGAGGCCCAGUCCUUCACACUGUCUCAAAGAGGGAAGGAUCGUGUACAUCGUGCAGUUCUUGGGAAAAACAAACAUUGGAAUGUUUGGAGGGAAGGAGGUGCUGCAGCAGGCCAUUCCACAGGUGUUAGAGAAGAACCUGCCUGGCCAGGAAGUGCUCUUAGACAUGAAGGAGACACACCUGACGUGCACAGACAAGAACAGUAAACAGGUGCUGAUUGAGCAUCACUACCCAGAGAUCUCAUGUGUGGGGAGAUUUGGUCAACCGGACUACACCAUAUUUGCAUUUUGUGUGGCAGACUCCCCAGAAACCCCGCAGUCAACAGGCUUCUGCUGUGUGGCAAUGAGAGCCAGCAACAUCAAGGAGUGUGACGAAAUUGUGUGUCGUAUCGCUGCUGGCUUCAAGCACACCGAGUGGUUUGUAUGAUAAAUUAACUGCCAGCCAUUUAUGUUGUAAAUAAAUGCAUAUAAAAACCA